CAUGAUGCGAUACUUACUUCCUCGUCGGAAAGGCAGCAUUUUGAACAUAGUGUUGUUGGUGUUAUUAACAAUGCUUUUAAUAACAUUUUACGUACAUGAUCCGUUACGAUUUCAUUUACCUACACAUCACGUACAACCGACAUGGUUUAAAGAUAUUCAGUCUUAUGUGAAACCGGAUUACUCCAAGAGACGUAUUGGUCCAGGUGAGUAUGGCACAGGUGUUUAUUUAAGAGGAAGACAUAAGCUGUUGGGAGAAAAGGAUAUGAAGAAAUGGUUCAUGAAUGUUGCUGCAAGUGAUAUUAUGUCAUUGGAUCGUAGCUUACCUGAUUAUCGUCAUAAAGAAUGUCGUAAGAUUGAAUAUUCUAAUGAUUUGCCAACCGCGUCUGUAGUGAUCAUUUUCACCGACGAAGCAUGGUCUCCAUUAUUGCGGACAGUACAUUCCGUACUGAACAGAUCACCAUCAAGAUUGCUUCAAGAAGUGAUUCUGUUUGAUGAUUAUAGUGAAAGAGGUGAAUUGAAAAAUAAGCUAAAGGAAUAUAUCAAGCGCUUUGGUGGUAUAGUGCGUCUGAAGCGAGCAUCAAAACGGCAGGGUUUAAUAAGAGCAAAAUUAAUGGGUGCAGAAGAAGCAAAAGGUGAUGUGCUCGUGUUUCUCGAUUCUCACUGUGAGGUAACAGAAGGAUGGCUUGAACCGUUGUUAGCGCGUAUAAAAGAAAAUAGAUCAGCAGUUGUAUGCCCUAAACAAUGUCGUAUUCGGGUCAAGAGCUUGUAUCCAAUGUUGGUGGAUUCUGGUGGAGUCUUCAUUUUCGUUGGGAUUCUUUAUCAAACAGCGAUCAAAAUACUGAUUACACUAAACCAAUCUCCAACCAUGGCUGGUGGUCUUUUAGCUACAGAUAGAAAUUAUUUCUUCGAAGUUGGUGGAUAUGAUCCUGGAAUGGAUAUAUGGGGUGGAGAAAAUCUUGAAAUUUCGUUUCGGGUAUGGAUGUGCGGUGGUAGUAUUGAAAUCAUUCCUUGUUCACACGUAGGCCACAUAUUCCGUAAUGGUCAUCCUUAUAAUAUGACUGGGCCUGGAAAUAAUAAAGAUGUACAUGGCACUAAUUCAAAAAGAUUAGCAGAAGUAUGGAUGGAUGAUUACAAACGGUUCUAUUAUAUGCAUCGAAAAGACUUAAAGGAAAAAGAUGUUGGUGAUCUUUCGGAACGAAAAGCGUUACGUAAACGACUAAAGUGCCAAUCUUUUAAAUGGUAUCUGGAUAAUAUUGCGAGCAAUAAAUUCAUUUUAGAUGAAAAUGUUACGGCAUUUGGAGCGUUCCGAAAUCCAUCAAGUAAUCUUUGCCUGGAUACUUUGCAACGAGACGAAAACACUGUUGUAUUUAUGGGUGUAUUUUCAUGUCAGUCUGGAGGAAGUCAAAGUCAGCUUUUUUCACUGACUCAUGAUAAAAAAUUACGGCGGGAGCUGACCUGUGCCAAAAUCGAUCCAAAUACUGUAGUGAACAACAAAGCACCUGUUCAGAUUGUGAUUUGUCAACAUGGAGAUGAUGAUUUAUGGACUUUAAUGAAUGGGAAGCUGCGGAAUGAAAAUGUAAAACUUUGCUUAGACGUAUUUGGGUUGAAAAGUGGAGAUGAUAUUGUCGCACGUCCUUGUGCGAAUGAUAUGAAUGAAACGCAAGCAUGGGAAUUGUUGGAAAAUGAAUUCUGAAU